GGCCGCCAGAGCCGGGCUGGACGAGGAAGGGAAGGGAAGGGAAGGGCCAAGCCGGGCGUCCCAACAGGGCGAUGAGCGACCCGGCCGACGCUGGCGACUACGUCUCCCGCCGGGAGAUCCCGCGGCUCUUCGAGAGCAUGUUGACGGGUCUGAUGUAUUACCGGCCUGAAGACCCCAUCGGUUACCUCGAAGGCUGUUUGAAGAAAGUCCGGGAAAUGGGUGGUCCGGAGGUGCUGCAAUGGGACACUUUCAUCAGCCAGGAAGAGCUGGGCAUGCAACCUGUGGCCGACGGGCUGAACAGGAAGCCCAUCUCCCGGGCAGGUCCCAUCACAGCCCUGUUCAGCUCAUACCAGGAAGUACCCUCCAUCAAGACCCAGUUCUCCAUCGAGAGUGACUCCGAUAUGACCGAAUCCACUGGGUUAAUCCAAGAAUACAACGUAUUUGAUCCUGAACGUCCCCGUCCUAAGAUCAUUUUUGUGAUAGGGGGUCCCGGGAGCGGGAAGGGGACUCAAAGCCAGAGAAUGGCCUCUCACUUCGGUUUCGUCUGCAUUUCCAUCGGGGAAAUCCUGCGUGGCCAGUUGAUCCACCAUGCCACCAGCGACAGGAAGUGGGAGUUGAUUGCCAAGAUCAUUGCCAAUGGAGAGUUAGCCCCACCGGAAACGACCAUUGAGGAGUUGAAGCAACAGUUCAUCAAGCAGCCAGAUGCCAAAGGUUUCGUGGUGGAUGGAUUUCCCCGAGACAUUGGCCAGGCCUUCAUGUUUGAAGAGCAGGUUGGUUCUCCAGAUGUUGUGGUAUUCUUGGCUUGCUCAAGCCAACGGCUCCGGCAACGGCUAGAAGAACGGGCCGAGGAACAAGGCCGCUUGGAUGAUAACCCCCAUGCCAUUGAGCGCAGGCUGGAGACCUUCAAGCAGAAUGCUCAGUUGAUUGUGAAGUACUACCAGGAGAAGGGAGCCGUGGUCCGGUUCGAUGCAGACAGAGAAGAAGAUGAAAUAUUUGCUGCCAUCCGCUCCUGUGUUCAGCAACGGUUGCAUCCAGGUGGAAAAAGAAUUCCAGAUUUGCCACUGCACAAUGUCUUCAGCCCGAGCCAGGACUCUCCAAAGGAAGAGCAGAAAGAGGAGCAGGGGGAGGAUUUCUUCCCCUCAGAACCUCUUGGAAUGGCAGCAGAAAAGUUGAAAAACCACAAAAUCAUCUUCGUCGUGGGGGGACCAGGUUCUGGGAAGGGGACACAGUGUGAGAAGAUUGUCGAAAAGUAUGGCUACACCCACUUGUCCACCGGCGACCUGCUGCGGGCGGAGGUCAGUUCUGGCUCCGAGAGGGGGAAGAAGCUCUCGGCCAUCAUGGAAAAAGGAGAGUUAGUCCCUCUGGAUACUGUCCUUGACAUGCUGAGGGACGCCAUGUUAUCCAAAGCAGAUCAGUCCAAAGGCUACCUGAUUGAUGGUUACCCCCGGGAGGUGAAACAGGGCGUGGAAUUUGAGAAGAAGAUUACUGCCCCCAGCCUGCUUCUGUACGUGGAUGCCGAGAAGGACACCAUGGUGAAACGGCUGCUGAAACGAGGAGAAACCAGCGGGCGCGUGGAUGACAAUGAGGAGACCAUCAAGAAGCGUUUGGAGACGUACUACAAGGCCACCGAGCCUGUCAUCGCCUACUACGAGAAAAAGGGAAUUGUCUCCAAGAUCAACGCGGAAGGCUCGGUGGACGACGUUUUCAAGCAAGUCUGCACUCACCUGGAUGCUCUCAAGUAAACCUUCCCUUCGUCCCCCCCGGACCCAGACUUCUGCAGACGCGCCCCUGAACGAGCGCCUCUCCUCUCCCCGCCCCACCGCUCUGCCUCCCAUGUCAUCUCCAAAGGCCGCGAGGGAGGAAGUGGCUUCAUCCUGUUUUCGUGGACAGAGCCCCAUGGAGGAAAUUUCAAGGACAAAGCGUUUGGCUUCCUUAGACCUUCUCUCGCAAAGUAAAGCACGCUCUUGUGAGAUGAGAUGUUUUUAUCUUUUUUUUUUUUGUAAUGUGUUUUUCCCCCUCAACCGGGGGGCAAAAAACAUGUCUUUUUAUUCCUGUUUCCAGGGGUUGAUCAAGGUAGGGAAGGUCCUGUGGAUUCCACCCCAGACGAGGUGGAACGAGGACAAUCCACUCCAGAGCCCCUCGUUGGACUGCAGACCCCAUUCUCCCCAGCCAGAGAGGCGGAUGCGCAGGGAUCUUUUAUCCGGCAAGAGCUGGGGGGGGGUGUUAAGCAUGGGGGGAGGGGAAGGCUGGCUGGGGGUGAUGGGAGUUGUAGUCGUAAACCUCUGGAGCACCUCCCACCCUCUGUACCUUGACACGAAUCAUUCAGAGCAAGCUUUGGAGGCUUCGAAACCUCCUUUUAGACCCGCAAAGGUUCAAAUUCUUGAACAGGCUGAUAAAUUUCCCCAGGCCUCGGCAAACUAGAUCUCCGUGGGCCAGUAGAGCUUAAUUUUUAUUUGGAAGGAAGAAAUGGAAGACGUCUUCCAACGCACAAGCUCCCGUCUGUGCUAUCAAGCAAUCCAGCCAUCCUCAGAAGAAUUCAAGCUUGCAACUGGAAAAAGAGAAAUCCGGCGAGGGUGCAAACUUUCUCCCCGGGGAGAGAAGAGGGCAGGGGGUGCAAGGGUGCCCCUCAGAAGAUCAGGCUAUUUUUUCUAGUCUUUCACCCCCCCUGUCCACCCCCACUAGUCCUGGUUCUGUGUAUCCUUGUAGGCUGAAUUUCCUUAGCAACUAAACAUUGCCAGUCACAGAUCGCCUUCUCCUUUGUCUCUGUGCAAAGGUCCCCUUUCUUCUUUUUAUUUGCUUUCUCUAAAGUAAUUC